AUCGGUUGCCGUAACAACAGAAGCCUGGAGUCAGAGUAACCUGGGACAGAGAGUGAAGUGGGGGAAAGAGUGCGCUGGAAGGUCACGCCACGCCAUGAGCGGCUCCGAGGUGGACGAUCACAUCAACCGCAAAUACCAACUGAAAAGGCGCCUGGGGAAGGGGGCUUAUGGAAUAGUGUGGAAAGCGAUUGAUCGGCAGACCGGAGAGGUGGUGGCAGUCAAGAAAAUAUUCGACGCGUUCAGAAAUCAAACCGAUGCACAGAGGACAUUUCGAGAAAUAUUAUUCCUUCAGGAAUUUGGAAACCAUCCUAAUAUUAUCAAACUGCUUAAUGUGAUUCGAGCAGCAAAUGACAAAGACAUCUACUUGGUCUUCGAGUAUAUGGAGACUGAUUUGCACGCUGUAAUAAAGAAGGGAAAUCUGUUGAAGGAUAUUCACAUUCGCUACAUCCUAUACCAGCUAUUGAAAGCCACCAAGUUUAUCCAUUCUGGAAAUGUUAUCCAUCGGGAUCAAAAGCCUUCCAACAUCCUUCUGGAUGCGGACUGUUUUGUCAAACUCUGUGACUUUGGUCUGGCUCGUUGCAUUAAUCAGAUCCAGGAGGAGCAGGGGAAUGCAGCAUUAACGGAGUAUGUGGCUACUCGUUGGUACCGAGCACCAGAAAUCCUUCUCGCAUCUCCCAGAUACACAAAAGGCGUGGACAUGUGGAGCAUUGGCUGUAUUCUAGGAGAGAUGCUGCUUGGGAAACCACUUUUUCCAGGAACUUCCUCAAUAAAUCAAAUCGAGAGAAUCAUGAGUGUAAUUCCAGCACCAUCCAAGGAAGACAUCCUGUCCAUUAACUCUGAUUAUGGGGCCUCGGUUGUUCAGAAGGUGUUGAGCAGGCCCAGGUCUUCAAUCGAUCAGCUCCUGCCCAGCACCACACCACCAGAUGCUCUGGACCUGCUGAAUAAACUGCUGGUAUUUAAUCCAGACUGUCGGCUGACUGCUGAGGAGAGCCUCUCACAUCCCUAUGUCAACAGGUUUCACAACCCAUUGAAGGAACCAAGACUAGAUUGUGAUAUUAUCCUUCCUGUGAACGAUGACACACAGCUGUCUGUGGGAGAGUAUCGGAACAAGCUGUAUGAGAUGAUUCUAGAGAGAAAGAUCAAUGUUCGACUCCAGAAGCGCUUCCUGAAGGGGCUAGAGCCAGUGAAACCGCCGCCAGACCCUGAGCAGAAAGAACCAAUGCCAGCCAGUCCCAAAACCAUAGGUAUAUCCACGACAGAGGGAUCCAUUCAGCCUGUGCUACAUGGAGACAGAGUGGUCAACAAUCCAAUAGUAAACCACAGCUCAUAUAAUCCAAUAACUCACAACACCGUAUCAUACGCAUCCUCUCACAGCGAUGUGACUAAGAAGAAACAGCUCUGCAUUCCCACAGUAUUCCAUCAGACCCAUGGAUAUCCAGUAAACAGAGUAAAUGAAAAUCCAGAUGCGCAGGAAUUGUGCAGCACACAACAGCAGAGUGUAGAUGCUCAGCUCAUCACACCCGGCCUUCCCAACUCAGAACCUCAUGGCAUCAAGUCAGCUCCUGUUGGCAGAAGCCGCCCAGCUUCCCACUAUCACCGGACAGCUAUCAACAACAUCCUGACCAGGAAGGAAGCUGGGCAUCGAGGUCUGGGAAUGACUGUAUCCUGUGCUCCAUUGAAUCCAAGGCCACAGUCACAAGCCCGAGAGAGCCGGCCCAAUAAGAAGAUGUUCCAGAUGAUGUCAAAUAUGGAAGCAGCAGGGAAUCCAAAAGCUGCGUGGGGCAGUUAUUGCCAGACCUAUGGGGUUAUUAGUCAAACUGGGCUGGAAAACCUGCGCCACCUCCAGAUCCAAAAUAAGCCAUAGCUACUCAGGACAGCACAGGUCAGAUCGCACAGCGGGAAUACAUCAACAGGGAACCUGCGCAGGAGUUAAACAGGACAGAGCUAGGACUGUGGUCAGGAAUCAUCCAGUCCAGCAUCUACUGGCAUACACUUCCAGCUGGGAAUGUUCCACAAGUGCCAAAACAAUGAGUACAUCAGGAUUUGACAGGAGAGAAGUUACUAUUUAAUGUGAAUAAUUAACUCUAUGCAAACAGCCACGCAGAGAAAUUGGUAACUUGCUCCACUGAUGAACAGUCCUGUGAAAGUGCCUUCAGGGGAGGGGAAGCUGGAGGCAGGAGCAGCUGGGUGGGGGUUGUGUGUGUGGCUGUGGCCUGGACUUCAAACUAGGAUUCCUUACUAGCCUGAAUGCAGGAUGCAGUGGACUUGACAUCCACCUUGAUUCAUUCAUGGCCUUUAACUCUCCAACCAAUUUCGCCCAGUUUCUGACUCAGCUCAAGAACUUCAGGUUAACUGUUUGUCAUUCUCGUUUUCUGUAAAUAUUUGUUGCUUCUGGAAUGUUUGAUAAUUAACCACAAAACUCUUGUUAAAAUGAACAUCUGUAGAUAUGUUAGAACAGUUAAUGUGAUUUUUCCAGAUGAUUAUUAAAA